AGGCUCAAGCUCCGAUUCUUUUUAAGCUCGGCGCGGCCUCUCGAUAUUCACACCGCCGUGCAUCCAAGAUCCCUGGCCUUUAAAUCGACAUCCCCCUUCUUUCCAGAUCUAUGGAAAGAUAUGACCCGAUAGUGAAUACUUCCUUGUCUUCGCUCAAGAUUAUACAAUCGUCGAUCAGCGCCGCGACCCGAACAUCUCCAGCUCGCUGCCUCGAGAAACCGCUGGACUGUCUUCGUUGUUCUGCCCACCUACUUCUCCUGUCUUCGGCCUCUAUAGCCUUAUUACUCACCAUCGUCGCACUGCCGUACGCCACAGCACCAGAUCCGACAUCAGUCCCAAAUGUCAACACAAUUCCCAACGCCCGAGUCGACGAGAUAACGUACUGCAAUCCGCCUCGAGGUAAGCAUUCCUGAUUGAUUUCAGAGGUCCCUUGACCGCCCUGGACCUCACCGCCGCACGCAGUCAGUGCGCCGUUCUGCGAUGCUCCACAGUAGAACCAGCGGGUUCGAUAUCCUCACUCGUCAAGCGGUCCCUUGGGUAUGGGCUUCGAUCUAAGACACCUUGUAGACGACGCACUA